AGCGCGCACGCUGACGCACGGAGCGCAGCAAAAGGUUAACGAGUCUGCAGCAGUGCAGCACAUGACUGUUUGUUUACAAAUACGCAAACACUGGAUGUUUUGGGGUUUUGGGGCCUUUUGGGGUCACUGUUGUUGGCGUUUUGCAAUGCAGGGUCGGCGGGGCUCCUGGGUUUUGGAUAAAUGAAUGCUCUAUUGUUUUGACUUUUUUCACUCGCUAAGUGAAAUGUUGAAAAUUGUAAUCCCCUACAGUUCAUUUUGAGAAGCUGAAAUGUUGUCAAUUAAAAAUUCCCACAAUAACAAUGCAUAACUCUAUAGAGAGAGAUAGAGAGAGAGAGAGACAGAGAGAGAGAGAGAGAGAGAGAGAGAGAGAGAGAGAGAGAGAGAGAGAGAAUUUCAAAAGCAAACCUACUCUUUAAAGUCAUGUAGAAGUAAAAUAGUUCUUAUCCAAAAUAAACAGUUUACACUCAAACAAUGUAAACUCUGUAGGCUUUAGAUUAAACCUAAGCUUUAUGGAAUUCAGCCUGUGGUUGGCACACAUGUAGAAAGUCAAUUGCAAUGGCUAAACUGACUGACUGGUCAUGAAUGCGUUUGUUUUAUACAUGAACUGAGUGUUUCACGUACACAAUAGGCCUGACUUGAACAUUUCCAAAAUACGGUCAGUGGGCAAUGACCUUAUGUCAGCUGUUUAGGCUAAAAGGUCCAUUUAAAUGUCAGUUUUAUGUGACUAAAAAACAAACAAAACAAAACAAAACACAAUCAAUUAGUUUCCCACAAGGCAUUGGUCAGAAGUGUCAUGGAUGUUGGUGAAAUCCAAGAGGGUCAUAUAGAAAAACCUUGGCCCCUCCUUCCAUUUAUAUAGUGGAUUCUCUUUUAGAAAAUGCAUUGAUGAAGCCUGUGCAUAGAAGACAAGGGCUGCAUACUAAAGAGCUGUAGAGCUCAACAAAAACAUUAUUCAUCGGCCACCUUCUCUGUCAUAGAAGAACAUUUAGGCAUCAAAAACACUGCCCUGGUAACUCACUUUUGGUGUUUAAUCAAAUGAUCAGGAAAUGAAAUAAUUCAGAGUUAAAAGCACACACACAUACAUGCAUACAUACACUUAUAUAUAGCAUUUUCCGGCGUAUACAGGUAUACAGUGCAUCCUCGUACACCUCGUGUCACCUUUGAAUCUGGGCACAGCACUUUUGUUUCAGGGCAGUAUAUUGCAGUCUGCCCUGGAUUAGGUAAGAAUAUUUGGGUUAGUUUAAUAGGUCACUGAAUGACACCUGCAGCAUAGUAGACAAUUACAAAACUCAUUUGCUCCAUUUUCACUUUCUUUAAAGUCUUGUGUUUUUGGCACUGCUGCGCUUUACUUCUAAAAGGUUCUAAUCCUAUUGUUUCAGGAUGUUACACUUCGGUAAAUGGCCUGGAAAGCAAACACUGUAGGUCUAUUGAAUUUCAACACAUAAUACAAUCCAGAUUUGCAUUUCCUGUAGGGAAAACUAGCGCAUACAGGACAGCAAUAGAAAAGAGUUAAAGUUUAGGUAAAACGAUACAGGUUUCCCACGUUCAUAGAAACACCUGGUAAUAUGUAAUAGUGGAUUGCCUUGUUACAGAAAUCAAUAAAAUAACUAAGUCGUUUUGUUUUUUAUAGACUAUAAUAUACUAAAUAUUAAUAUAUCUAAACAAGGAUGAAAUGAGCUCCAAAACUAAGUUUGAUUAACGGCAUUCACCUCAAAACUUUAAGAAUUUGAGUUGGAAUAUAUUCAGAGAUUUUUUUUUACACGAUCUAUAUAUCACAUGCCUGGCUUUUUGGCUGCUCUGAUUGUUUUAAGAUCUGUGCCGGCUUUUAGGUCACUUUUUUGCGGAAUUUCCCGCUUCGUUUGUAGACGAAUUAUAAUUUAGAUGCCGGAGUUUUAUAUCACAUAGACGCAGCGAAAUAAAACGGUGUUUGCGGACGUUUUACGUCUGCUUAACACAGAACCGGAAAUGGUUUUGUUCUGAGAGUGACGCGUCUCGACGCGCGAGCUGUGAGAGGAGCAGGUGAUCAGUUACUAUGGCAGCUCCCUUUGCGUUAACAGCGAAUUAUACUAGAAUACAGACAUUAACGUCAUAUUUCCGGCAUUGUCGAUCAAAACGAUGGAUUAAUCUGAAAACAGUCAACCGGAGAAGCCCUUUUUGUCAGUCACUGAAAAGACACGCUGCCACUGUGGUCUCAGGGACAGAACUUGCUCGACAGAUCCAUAAAGAGAUCCAGAGCGAUAUAGCGAAACUAGUGGCCCAAGGCGACAGGAGACCUCACCUGAGUGUCAUCCUGGUGGGAGAUGAUCACGCCAGCCACACUUACGUGAGAAACAAAACCCGAACAGCUUCACUGCUUGGCAUGUCAAGCAGCACAAUCUUCAGGCCGUCAUCAGUGUCUCAGGAAGAGAUGUUGGAACUGAUAGACAAAUUCAACAGAGACAGAAGCAUCAGUGGGCUGCUGGUACAACUCCCUCUUCCAGAGCACAUCAACGAGAGAGCCAUAUGCAAUGCUGUCGCUCCAGAAAAAGACGUUGAUGGAUUCCACAUAGUAAACAUUGGGAAACUCUGCUUGGACCAGAGGUGCAUGGUGCCAGCCACAGCUGCGGCAGUGUGGGAAAUCAUCAGGAGAACGGGCAUUGAAACGGUUGGAAAAAACGUGCUUGUUGUUGGGCGCUCCAAGAAUGUAGGAAUGCCUAUUGCCAUGCUGCUGCAUUCGGAUAGAAACCAUGAACGGUCCGGAGGCGAUGCCACAGUUAUCAUGGCUCAUAGAUGCACUCCUCUACCGCGACUGAAGGAACUUGCCAGUCUGGCUGACAUAGUGAUUGCCGCUGCAGGUCAGCUCUGUGUGUCCUGGUCAGGUGUGCCUCACUUAAUAACAGCGGAUAUGGUAAAAAUCGGAGCUGCAGUUAUAGAUGUCGGUAUCAACCGCAUGCUGGACCCCGUCACUGGUAAACUCCGUCUCGUUGGAGAUGUGGAUUUUGAAGCUGUGAAGGAGAAGGCCGGAUUCAUCACUCCUGUGCCUGGAGGAGUCGGCCCAAUGACCAUCGCCAUGGUAAUGAAAAACACAGUCACUGCUGCCAAAAAUGCUCCGACAUACUGAACAAACACAAAACCUGCCAUUAUGGGUGGACAAGAUACAAGCACUUCGCUCUGGAUGCUUUAAUUGGCACCAUUUGUCCGUACCUUGAUUAUAAGCGCAAGCCCCUGCAAGCUUCCUCUACAACAUCCUUCCCUGCCCAUCGGCAAGCUGUGACAGGCCGCUCUAGCUGGCACGGCAGCCAUGCAUGGCUAUGACAGUGGCUACACCCUAAUUCGUUUCUUAACUCUGGAAAAAUGAGAGAGAUGCUUCCUUACUGAUUAUAAGUUCGUCUUUGCAACAGUAUUAUAAUUUUAUCGGGGCCAAGAAUAUAGGGAGGGUUUGUGGUGCAAGUUUAACAUUACCUCGAGUGAAGCCGGAAGUCUUAGUUGCAUCAUCCCUACAGAGAGUUUCGGUACGACUUGACUGGCUGCUCAACAGGUGGCGGGGUAAUAGAUGGUUCUCAGAUAGACGACAGAUGAAUCUGUCCACACUGAGACAAACGGACAUUAAUACAUUUUCUCAGGAAAUUAUUUUAAACGUGUAGUUCGAACAACAAAAUGGCAAAAAAUACCACAAGGAUGCUGCUGUAUUUGAUGUUUAUUUAUUCAUUCACCUGUUAAAAGUAUUA